CUACAGAAGAGUUAAUCACCACUUUGGUGAUUCACUUCCUCCCACCAAAUCCCUCCGAUAGAACCUAAUUUUAGGUUUCUAUCAUCUGAUAUCAGAGCCCCGUUCUUGGGAUCGUGAUCAAACGAAGACAAUCAAGAUGGUGUCGACGAAGUCCAUGACGGCAGCUGAGAAGGCAGCCAACGCGGCGUAUGAGCAGGGCGUGACUGCGGCCACGACGGUGCUGCCGUCCUCCGGUGAUGGCAUACAUGGGGUUCCCAGUCCGCGAGACGGGGAGCUGGUUGACGAGACGAUCGGUGAAGAGCUCCGCACCGAUUUGGACAAAAUGGAGGAUGCAGUGGAGCAUGAGCACAGGUCCAGGCAGGCGGACUCGCAGAAGCUAUGGCUCGCGAUUGGCGAGCUCAAGGUGAUGUUGACGGAGGCCCUGGGGCGCGUCGGAGGCGGCGGCGGGGGGACUGGCGGCCAGGAUUCGACGGCAGAAGCUGCGGCGAGUGGAGGCUGCCUGGCCCACGGCGCAGAUCCGGCAGUGGAAGCGCCGGCGGCGGCGAAGGCGAUGGCACCGUCGGCUAGGGGGCGGCGUUGGAGACGGCCGCCGAGCCUGGGCAGGGUGCGAGCGGGGCCGGAGCAGGUACAGGGCCAGUGCCGAAAGGGUUGGGUACGGGCUCGGGUCUCUUGCCUAUGCCUACGACCAAGGAGAUUGCGGCCCGCAAGGAAAAGGCCAAGAUGCCAGGUUAUGACGCGGAUAGGCCUCCAAUUAAGGUUUGGCCAGCGAUGGUGGGCCACUAUACGAAAGGCGCCAAUGGGCUAGGAUGGUUGGUGACUCAAUAAACAUGCAUCAUUCGA